AUGGGCUUCUCCGCCCUGGUCGCCAGCGCCCUGUGCACCUUCCUGCUGCCCCUGCUGCUCUUCCUGGCCGCCGUCCGGCUCUGGGACCUGUACUGCGCCAGCGGCCGCGACCCCAGCUGCCCGCUGCCGUUGCCCCCGGGUACCAUGGGGCUCCCCUUCUUUGGGGAGACGUUGCAGAUGGUGCUGCAGCGGCGGAAAUUCCUGCAGAUGAAGCGCAGGAAAUACGGCUUCAUCUACAAGACUCAUCUCUUCGGGCGGCCCACGGUGAGGGUGAUGGGCGCCGAGAACGUGCGGCACAUCCUGCUGGGUGAGCACCGCCUGGUCUCCGUGCAGUGGCCCGCCUCGGUGCGCACCAUCCUGGGCUCGGGCUGCCUCUCCAACCUCCACAAUGGGCAGCACAAACACCGCAAAAAGGUGAUCAUGCGGGCCUUCUCCCGGGACGCCCUGCAGCACUAUGUGCCCGUCAUCCAAGAGGAGGUGAGUGCCUGCCUGGCACAGUGGCUGGGCGCCGGGCCCUGCCUGCUGGUGUACCCUGAGGUGAAGCGCCUCAUGUUCCGCAUCGCCAUGCGCAUCCUGCUGGGCUUCCAGCCCCGCCAGGCCGGCCCUGACAGCGAGCAGCAGCUGGUGGAGGCCUUCGAGGAGAUGAUCCGCAACCUCUUCUCCCUCCCCAUCGACGUGCCUUUCAGUGGGCUCUACCGGGGCUUGAGGGCACGCAACAUCAUCCAUGCCAAGAUUGAGGAGAACAUUCGUGCCAAGAUGGCCCGCAAGGAGCCUGAGAGUGGUUACAAGGACGCGCUGCAGCUGCUGAUGGAGCACACACAGGGUAACGGAGAGCAGCUCAAUAUGCAGGAGCUGAAGGAGUCUGCCACAGAGCUGCUGUUUGGGGGCCAUGAAACCACUGCCAGUGCUGCCACAUCACUGAUCGCCUUCCUGGGGCUCCACCAUGAUGUUCUGCAGAAAGUGAGGAAGGAGCUGCAAGUAAAGGGGUUACUGUCUGGUCCCAACCAAGAGAAGCAAUUGGACAUGGAGGUCUUGGAGCAGCUGAAGUACACAGGCUGUGUUAUCAAGGAGACCCUCAGGCUGAGCCCUCCCGUUCCUGGAGGAUUCCGAAUAGCACUCAAGACCCUUGAGCUGAAUGGAUACCAGAUCCCCAAAGGCUGGAACGUUAUUUACAGUAUCUGUGAUACCCACGACGUGGCCGAUCUCUUUACUGACAAGGACGAGUUCAACCCAGACCGCUUCAUGUCUCCGUCUCCGGAGGACUCCUCUAGGUUCAGUUUCAUUCCUUUUGGUGGGGGCUUGAGGAGCUGCGUAGGCAAAGAGUUUGCAAAAGUCCUUCUAAAAAUAUUUACGGUGGAGCUGGCGCGAAGCUGUGACUGGCAGCUGCUAAAUGGACCUCCUACAAUGAAAACGGGCCCCAUAGUGUACCCUGUGGACAAUCUGCCUGCCAAAUUCAUAGGUUUCAGCGGCCAAAUCUGAGUGCUCAACGCUUCCCUCCGGCUGGAUUUCUGUAUAACAUCUCAUAUGUACAUAGUAACUUUUUAUUGUAACGAAGGCCUUUAAAUAUUUAAACUUGUAAAUGUACAGUAGUUAUUUAUGUCUAAGUAUUUCAAAAGGCUGUGAUUUUUUUUCCCCAAGCACUACAAUUAUGGGUCGCUGAUUCAUAAUUAGAUAAUUUUAUUUCUAUAGAAAUAAGUUUUCCCCUAUUUAAAAAUCUUACUGCAAGCUGGCCAGAUACAUGUUUGACAAGACAUUUCACCAUGGUGUAUGCAUUCAGAAAUAUUCUCAAAGGCAUUUGGGACAAUGGCAAGUAGCUAUCAUCCAAAUUAUCUAAAUCAUUAUGGU